AUGUCAGCCCCUCAGACACAUCCACCAUUGCCAGCCGAUGAACCGAAGGAUGUAGAAAGUCAGUCGAAUUCAGAACCAAAGCGUCUGGAACAUCCGCUUCUAUAUGACGCGACACCGCUCACAGUUCUGGUUGAUUUCGAUGGUAUUGAUGACCCUUACCUGCCGAUGAACUGGCCAUUCCGGAAGAAGGUCUUCACAACGUUUCUGUAUGGAUUCACCACCUGUUGGAUCACAUUUGCAUCUGCCGUCUAUUCCGCGGCACUCAAGCAAGUGUCGGAGAACUUUCAAGUCAGCAGGGAAGUGGCAGCAUCUGGUGUUAGUCUGAUUGUGUUCGGUUUUGGACUGGGUUCUCUCAUUUGGGCUCCACUCAGUGAGGUAUACGGGCGAAAAUGGGUGGUGAUAGUGCCGUACUUUAUUGCAGCCAUAUUUUCUUUUGGAACGGCGACUGCAAAGGACAUUCAAACUGUUCUCAUCACCCGAUUCUUCACUGGCCUGUUUGGAAGCGCGCCCAUUACAAAUACAGGAGGUGUCAUGGCGGAUAUAUGGCCUCCUCAACAGCGUGGCAUUGCCGUCGUCGGCUAUGCUAUGACAAUCGUCGGCGGACCAACACUUGCCCCCAUUAUUGGAGGCGCCCUUACCUCAAGUUACCUUGGAUGGAGAUGGACCGAGUACUUGACAGGCAUCAUCAUGAUGGCGCAGGUUGUCUUGGAUGUCUGCUUCUUAGAUGAAAGUUAUCCCCCAGUGCUGCUUGCCUACAAAGCUCGUCGGCUACGCUUUACAGGGAAGAACUUUGCAUUGCAUGCUAAGCAAGAAGAGUGGGAUCCCUCAAUCAAAGAGCUUUCGCAGAAAUAUCUUGUCCGCCCCUUCCAAAUGCUAGGGACGCCCAUUUGCCUACUAAUGAGCCUCUACGCGUCCUUUGUAUAUGGCAUCUUGUAUGCCAACCUCGAAGCCUUCUCGGUCGAGUUUCAGGAGAUCCGUCAAUGGGGACCUGUCGUCGGUAACAUUCCAUUCAUCUCCCUUCUAGUCGGAAUUUUCUUCGCUGCCGCGGUCAACAUCUACAACAACAAAUACUAUUUCAAAAAGUUCAAGGCCAAUGGCAACAAGGUCGUUCCUGAGGCUCGACUACCACCAAUGAUGAUCGGAGGAUUUGCAUUUACCGCCGGUCUCUUUGUAUUUGGCUGGACCUCAUCACCGCACAUCAACUACUGGCCUUCAAUAAUCGGCAUUGCCUUGACUGGAUUUGGAUUCACAACCAUUUUUCAGGCGGCGCUCAACUACUUGGUGGACACUUUCACCCGCUUCAGUGCUAGUGCCGUUGCUGCCAAUACCUUCCUUCGUUCAAUGAUGGCCGGUGCAUUCCCGUUGUUCGUCCUGCCCAUGUAUCAUAACAUUGGUGUCAACUGGGGAACCACAGUAUUUGGUUGCUUUGCAGCAAUUUUGAUUCCUGUGCCGUUUCUGUUCUUCAUCUGGGGGAAGCGUAUUCGUGCUCGCGGAAAGUGGAGCAAACAUACGGUGUAG